AUUCUAAAAAGUUACUACCUUCAAUGCGUCCUCGUGUACUCAUCUUCAGAGUUCUGGUAGGAUUGAUGUGAAUACAGUCAAUUUAAACAUGUUAAAUUAAGGGAGUAUUUGAACCUAAAACCACAUAAUGGCAGGAUCAAUGGUUGAGUCACCAAUGAAAGGGAUUUAGUAAGGAAACAUGAGAGGUGUCGACUGUUGGAAUCGACUGCGGGCUGAAACUCACACACGAUUCAUACGCAUACCAUAAUUUGAGUUUUAGAAUCCUGAAAUAAGCACCUAAAACGUACACAUUAUAUUUUGUACUUGUCCAAAACGAAAUGUCGUCCUUCCGUGGGGAUCCAAAUUUCUGUCCUGAGUGUGGAAAUGUGCUUCCUCUUCCUGCAAUGCAGGACACCGUAAAUUGCCCUCGCUGUUCUUUUAGCAUCCCUGUAAUAGAUUUCGCAGGUCAAAAGAUCACUUCCACAGUAGUUUUCAACCCAAUUGAACAGUCUUCUAUCACUAUAGAAGAUGAGGAAGAUUCAGAACUAAAGGGGGCAGUGAUUGACAGGCGCUGCUCUAGAUGUAAUAAAGAAGGCAUGGUUUAUCAUACCAGGCAAAUGAGAUCUGCAGAUGAAGGGCAGACUGUCUUCUUCACCUGUAUACAUUGCAGAUACCAAGAAAAGGAGGACUCCUGAUACCUGAGACUCUGAGACAGACUCACCUUCCCAGAGGCUUGAAGCAUACGUUCAUUUGGACACACAGCUCUUUAAAAUGUAUUAUUUUUCUGAAAUAAAUCCAGACCAAAACUUAGACAAAA